GAAGGCAGCUUAAGUUCGAAAAGUAUGGCCGCGGAGUGUUUGACAACAGCAACAGAGCAAUGGAUACGGGGAAGAUUACAAUUAAAACAUCCAUGCCUCGGUAAUAUUAUCUCACGUUUAUUCAAAAGUUAUAAAGCUACAAAUACAAUCUGACAUUAAGAACAGAGUCGCAGCGUUUUUCUGUCCGUUAAGUUAACAAUUGUGGAUAACAUUUGAGAGCUCAUGCAUAGGUGGCUAUGCUAACAACAGCCCAUACAGUCAGCAGCAAUGAAGUCAAUUCAACUUGUUUUAACAGGUGAUGUCCGCUCACUGAGUCUUCCAGGGACAAAUGAGGAGAAGAUUAGACAUCUGGGAAACUCAUUGAAUAACUUUGUCCGUCUGAAGUCUCUGGACCUCUCCUAUAAUUUGCUUGUCUCUGUUGAGGUAAGUUUGAGCUCUAAACUCAACCAGUAACUGACUAUGUAUGCACCUUUGUCUCCUGUUAAAGUAGCUUUGGGAUUGUUUGAGUCAUAUUAUUUCACAAAGCCUAACACAACAGGAAUAUUUUCAUUUCUUAGUUGCUUUUUACAACUCCACAUGAUUGUACAUCACAUCCAUUUAUUCUUUCAAACCUAGAGGGUUUCAGAUUUUUAUCGUUACAUACAAAUCCACCUCAAAAUCAACCAAUCUGCAACUUGUUUGUGUGUUUGAGAAAUAAGUAGAAAAUGUUUGUGCAUUAUUUUAGUGUGGGAACAUUUGCUGCUUAAAGCCCCCUUAAGAGAGCCCCCUCAGAACAGACUUGCAGUUCCUCCUGGCACAGUAAGCUUUUAACAAACUUACCUCGUUUCUACUUCAGGGGGUCCAACAUUUGAAAUUGCUGGAAAGACUGAUCCUCUACUUUAACUGUAUUCCUUCCCUUGAAGAAGUAAAAGUGUUGUUCAAGCUUCCAGCUUUGAGGGAACUGGAUCUCAGGCUCAACCCUCUGACCAAACUUUACCCAAAGUACCGCCCCUAUCUGGUGCACGCCAUGCCAAAUCUUCGCAAAUUAGGUAAAGUAUUGUCAUAAUGUAUUGAUUCCCUUAAUAAAAGCCUGUUUCUUUAGGAACCAGAUUUGAGGUCUGUUUUCAUGCUGAGUAUAACAUGGAUCCUGUUUCUUUUCAGAUAACUGUUCUGUCAGAGACACUGAGCGAAAAGCUGCUAUUAUGCAGUUCUCCUCUGAUCUGCCUCAGCAGAAGAGCUCUGCUUUGAAUCAGGCUGCUGAGCAAAGGUACCAUCAUUGAUUGUUGGAAGCUGGAUUUAAUGAGUUUAGCUCAACUUAAUAAUUGAGAGCAAUUAAGAGUAGGGAUGGGAAUUGAUAAGAUUGUAUCGGUAACGAUGCCAUUAUCGAUUCUGCUUAUCGAUUCAAUUCUUUAACGAUUCCUUCAAUGCCUUUCUUUGAUUUAAAAAAAAGUAGAUGAUAGGUUUCUAACGUUCACUCAAAAUUAUAUUGAGUCUCUGAUAACAGAAUAAGAUGUAUGAGUCUAAAAAUAAUCAAACGACAAACUGUUUGUACAGUAUUUACUUCGGUCGGUAUUAAGUCAAAUACAUAGUACAUUGUUAAGUCUGGCGUGCAUUAUGCUUAUGUUAACACAGGACAUACAUACCUUACAUGCCGUGCUGAGACGGAGCAGCAGUGGCUGACGACCAGUGGAGAGCAUCAAAUACAUGUGACUCCUUAUAUUUGAUGCCAUGCCCUGUUAACAAAUGUUUAAGCAUGUUGCUGGUGUUUCCAUCUUUGCAUGUUAUCACUGCUCGACAAACAUUGCACGUUGCGCUGUUAUCGUCUUUCUUGGUAAAAUGAAGCCACGCUUGAGAUAGUUUCUGCCGACUUUUCGUACCGUCCGCCACGUUUUUUUUCUCUGUCUCUGUUCUCGUUCACGUGGACUGGCACUCGAGAGACCGUUUUUCAAAGCACCCGCAAGAAAGGAAUCGUUAAGGGAAUCAUGAAGAUGAAAUUUAAGUUAUGUUGACGGAUUGAAUCAUUUAGAACCGGUUCUCAACAAGAACCGAUUCUCGAUUCCUGUCCCUACUUAAGAGCACUGAAAAAAAUCAGUUUUGAGGGUUUAGAAACUUGAAAAUGAAAAAGAAUCUUAGAAAAAAUGUUUUAAUUUGGAAAUCAUUCUAUCACACUGCUCAUCUGUCUUUACAAAUGCACAUCACUACAUUUAUUUACCCUUUUGUCUAAUAGUUCUGCUGUACACUUAACUUUUGCUCCUCUGUCUUUGCCUGUGUUUUUCCAGAGGUAGUAAUAAGAGACUGGCUUUGGUUGACCGCAUCACUAAGAGGCUCUCUCUUGUGACUGACACAGAUGAUAUUGUUUUGAAUUUUGCUGAAAGGCAUCAGAGAGAUGUAAAUGAAACUCGGCCCCCCUCUGCUUCAAUUCAAAAGGAGGCAGAUGGUAAGAAGAAAACUAAAGAGUGAAUAAAUAAUCUUCAACUCAAAAUCAAAGUAAGAGUUAUUCUACUUCCAGAUUUACAUUAAUUUACUCUUUUUGUGUCAGACAACAAAGAGGAAGACUCCAAAUAUUUCACAGAACAGAGAAGUUCGACUCCAAUACAGGUCGUAUUUACUUUACUUUUGGUAAGAUAAUAUUAACAGUCGAUACACUUGAAUGAUCAGAUAUGCUCAUUAUGUGUUAUUUCUUUUAUAGGAAACUGCUAAAUCUAUCCUCAGGUAUCCUCCAAGGCAUUAUGGUAGGUUAUCUCAGAGUCAAGUAGCAGUGAUGAGUUUUCUUUUUAAGGUGGAUAGAAAUGGUUGGUGCUAGACUUGUGGCUCAAAAGUCAUGUAAGUAUUUAGACAUCAGACAGACCUUUUUGCAUGAAAAACUCAUCAGUCAUCAGCAAUUACUGCAAGUGGAAGUAUGCACAUUUAAAAUUUCAUUUAAAAUCUGUGAUGUAGAUUUGUUGAAUAGAGUGGACAGAUAGAAAACAAGUUCAUUUUGUGAUAAAGGGAAACUGAUCAGUGGCUUUCUUUUUCAUUGUUAACAAUUCAUCAAACCACCACUAGAUGGUGACAGAAGCCCAUUCUUCCUAUUAGGUGUUGUUUUUAUCAUGAGGACAACGUCUCCAUCGAAGGUUAUUUCAUAUCAUUUUAUGAUAUGGUAUUUGUUAUUGAACAGAUAAAACAGAGUCCAAAGUGCCACAUACAAAAGAACAACCUCACGAAAAAAGCUCGACCACUUUCAGCACGACUGAAAGACCAAAGGUGUCUUUUGGCCCAUAUGUGGAGAAACACAAAGAGGCGCCUGGAAAACAAAAACAAAAGGACAACACAAAACAAAGCAGACACGUAGCCCGGGGACAUUUUACCCCAAAUCCUGGUAAGAGCUGAAUGUCUGUACGGAGGAAAUAACAUCCACAAAUACCUCAUUUGAUUGUCUUGAAAAUUAAUGAAGCUGUUUUUUUGUGGAAAAUUUCUUUAGAUGAAAGUCGCCCUCGCAGUUCUUCAUUUAUUAAUAUCCGGCCUCCCAGUCCAUAUCGACAUGGUUCAAAUCUGUCUGAUCCUUCCAACCCCAUCAUACACCCCCCAAGGCUGACUUAUUCCAGCUUUAACAAGACAGAAGGAGGCUCCAGGCUGCUGCAGCAAAAGGAGAAUCAAAAACGGGUGGGAAGUUCUCUGUAUAUCUACAGCCUGUAUCAAUAUUUGUGUACUUCCUUUCACAUACCAAACUAUCUCUGAUUUCAUUCCCCAGGGUAGUUAUCGGAAGCCCCUGGAAAUGCUCCUCAACCUCGUGGACAAACACUGGACAGGGGAGAGGUCGCUGCAUCAUAACAACAACUUCCUGUGUGAGUUUGGUUUGGGAUAUGUGGUAUCAGAUACAAAAGGCCAGAGAUAAUAAAUGUCCUCUCAUCAUUUCUAUUUUUGGCUCCAGCUCAGGCAGUCCAGAUUCUCUCCAUGAUGGAAAGUGAUAUUUCCAGUCGGGAGGCCGAGGUCAGGACCUUAAGACGGGAAGUUGAUGUACUGAGCUUUCAGAGAGCUGCAAGAGAGGAAGAGCACAAAAGUGAAGUCCGUAACCUCUCUGCUCAGCUUGAGGAAGCUCGCGGUGCAGUUGUGAGUGGACUUUCAACAAUAUUUGGCUUUUGCUAGCUGUCAUGAUCACCCUUUGUUUACUUUCUUUUCUCUGAUUGACGCAGGGCAAACUAAAUGAGCAGCUGAGAAUUGUGUUGGAGGACAAUGUUGCACUGCAAAAACAACUUAUUAAGUUGGAACGACAAUACCUCAAGUCUAUGAUGAAAAGUUCGCCCAUGACUCAGAUUAGAGGUGGGUGUAAAUGCCAGGAGUGAACAUUUAGCUGUUUUCCCUCUCAUACUCUUCUUUUUUUGUGCUUGCACAUCUUUAGAGGCUCAGACAGAAGUGGAGGAACUGAGGAAGGAGAUCGAGGGGUUGAGGGAGAAAGUGAAGGUGGCGGAGAGUGUGAAGGAGUUGUCAAAUACACUUCAAGAAAGCCACAGGUAAAGAAGAUACAACCACGUUAGUGUUGUUGCUGCUGUAUCUACUCGCUCACAGCAAUCAUGAUCACACACCCAGAGAAUCCUUUCUUGACUGGUUGUCUGUGAUUUGUGUCUGUGUAUGGCUGCAGGUCCCUGGUGGCUGCUAAUGAAUGCUUGGGAGCUGAGCCAAAGGGAACUGGGUAACUUUGAAAGAGAAUUUGAAUGAAGAGACGCACACCAGGAUGGAAAUAUUAAAGCAAAACAUCGCUGAAGGACAUAUUAGCAUUGUAUCUGCUGUACAAUGCCCAGCAGCUAGAUUUUUUAAUUUAUGUCCCUGUAGUUUACAUUUAUUUUUUGUGGGAAUUGGGUCCCCAAACCCUGCGUGUUGAUUGCAUGUUAUAUUUGUUUACAUGCAGGCUUAGAUGAUCUAAAUAUUCACAGGAAAAAGUAAUUCAUUCAAGAGAGAAUUGGGGUGUGAUACCGUCAAAGGGCUGUUAUUGUAAUUCAUCAUCAUGAGGUAAAUUUGAGCGAGGGGGUUUGAGGGGAUUUUCUGGAGUCAGUUGUGUCUCUCUCCCAUGUUUUUAGGUCACUCGUGUCUCCAUCUGCUUUGUACGCUGUAGUGGAAUGAAUGCAUGUAGACUCCAGCUGCACAGUGACUUUAUUUAUACCCCAGCCUUAGGGCUGGAGAGCUGCACGCUUGCACACUUUCCUCUCAUAGCCGCUAAUGCAAAGACCUGGCAAAGCAGGUUAGAGUGCGGAUGCUUUUACUUGAACUGAAUGUAGAUUUUUUUUUAUCUUUAUGUGACUGUUACAGGUCAAUGAUAGGUGCUACUUCACCAAUUCUGAAAAAGACAGGAGAAUGUAAAAUUUUGACAGACACCCUGUAACCUACUCUCAGUACAGGUUCCUGGGUGUGUUUUUUUUAUUUUCAAUAAUGCACUACAAAUCUCGAGCACACAUUAAGAGGCCUAAAGAACAAGAACAAAACACACUGCAUGCACUGGGGCACAAUGUUACAUUAAGAGUUAAUAAAAAAACAUACAGUAUUGUUCCUCCACAUUAAAGGUGCACAGUAUUUGGCAUUAAGCACAGAAAAUAGAUCAUACUUGAGCUACUGCAGCGGACAAAAACCAACACAACGAUAGCUGCUAGUUGAUGCACGAUUCUUCAUCAGCUUAGGCUACAGGUAGUGUGUGACAUUUGUUAAACAACCACUGUCACCAUGUUGGAAAAAUAUUCUACAAAAGUAUUUUACCUGUUUGCAAAUGCUCCCUUUUUCUUGCGCUGUAUGUAAGAAUACAGCAGUACAAGCCUGUGUUCAGUUGACUUUGUGCUAUAGAUGACUCACCACGAAUACUCCAAAUCUUCACCAACAGACAAAGACAUUAGCGUCGGAGUAGCUGACUUUGUACAUGUACAGGUUCAUACAUAUUGAUUUCAAGCAAAAUAAUCAUGAUCCUACAGUUUUGAUAUUUUUUUUUUUUGGCAAGACAAUAUUCUCUGUCCAGUAGUUUGUUCUUACUGCAGGCACAGCAGUUCAGAUAAAAGAUAUGCCGAGCUCCUCCUGUCAUCUAAAUGCUUCUGAAUCAAAUGCAAAAUACAUAACAUGCACAAACUACAGCAAUACAGAUUAAAAAAAAAAACAUAGCCAGUGUCAUAAAUUAAGCCAUGUGGCUAUAACUUUUUAGAAUAUACACAAUCUUACCACAAAUAUAUUAGAACUACUGUAUAUAAAUCUGAUGAGGAAAUAUAAGUCAAAUGUUAAAAAUACAAUCUUAGACAACUUUGCUCGUCUGUCUGUGGUUAGAGCUUCUGUUUUCAGCUGAAUUGACCAAUUUCAAAUUGAAAAUGCCUGUUAGCAUAAAGAUCCAUAUGUAGGUAGACAGGAAAGGAUAUGAAUGACAACAGAUUAAGAGAAAAAAGGGGGUUCCUGUAGCUCUUUUUUUCCAAAGUGGUAAAACUAGACCUGUUUUUAAAGGUUUACACUGAUGGACUUUCGUUUUUCCACUUUUAACAUGUUCACAGAAGUAAAAGGAAAUGGCAAAAGUCAAGGUUCAGUCUAAUAGUGAACUAUGUUAAUUUUUUUUUUUUUUAAUAAUUAUUAACACUUAAUAUAAUUAUUGUACUGGACUGAAAGAAAAUUAUUCAAAUGACUUUUCAUGAAGUAAUCAAAACAAAGAGCAGAUUUGGUUGGACUUCAUAUGUUAGGAUAGCAGACAAACAUCUGACACUUAAAAAGGAAUUAACGGUUAAAAGUUAUGGAAAAUAAAAAGUCUUCCAUAAUAUCUGUGUCAAAAUUGUGUGCCAAUUGGUGGCAACUCUUAUUUCAACUCUGCAAAACAAGUAAAAAUGCAUCUCUGCGGCUAAAUAAGGGCAUAGAAAGAUUUCCAUUAAAAAGUGCAAUGUUAAUUCAUCAAACUGUUGUCCCACUUUUGUUUUUCUUGGCAUGUUGUUUCAUUUGUGCUUAAUAAAUAUUAUAAGGCCCUAUCAUAACAACAAAGCUUCGUAAUUCAUAGCAUAGCAGUUUCUCUUGUUUGUUCUCCUCAGUGUUUGGCAGUAACUUGCAAUCAAACAGGAAUGUACCAGCUGGUGAUGACUUUGUAAAAAUAGAUGUAAACAGUAUUCCAGUUCUCACACUUCACGAAGAGAGGAACACAAAAAACUCUCUCUCAGACACACACACGUACACACAUAAAAUAGAUGGGUGGGAAAAUAGAUGAAAUCCUAUUCUUUUGUGCUUUCUUUGAGAACUCUUUUAAUAGAAAACUAUCCUAGUAGUUGAUCAAGUGUUUAUUCCUCAUCCUUUGAUCUCACAUGGGUUUGCCCACUGUGGGUUUAUUCACUUUCUUUUCGUAUGACCCUCGAUGUUUGUAUCCAGAGACGUAUCCUGAAGUGUCAACUAUGUCUUCUCGUCCUGCCUUACCCUUCCCACGCCCAGUGGUGGGAUCAAAACGCUCCUUGUGCGACCCUGUAAACUUGGUGGUGUCCGUGAGACGGCUCACGGUUGGAGAAGCCACAGCCCUCUGUAAUGACAUUUGAAUCUUGUUAGGAUGAUCACAGUCUUACUCUGACAUCAUGAUAUGAGGGGUAAGCACAAAAACAGUUUUAAAGGAAUGGUCCAUUUGUUAAAAAUAGGGGUUGACUGAGUUCCUUGUCAGUAUAGUAAUAUGCCCCUUUGCUGAAAUUCAGGCCAGGGUACCAUCACAGGAGUGAGUCCAUCAGCUGUUACAGAUGGAGUCAGCUCUGGGACAUGAUUUGGCGAAUUAAAUGAAAGCCAAAACUUUGAAGUCAGUGUAAGUUAAUGCUCUACUCUGAAAAUUCUCCGCUCUUCCUCUGGUGGUGGAGACAUGUAAACUGUAAGUCCAUGAACAGAAGUAUACCGUAUCAAAAAUGGCUACACUGUUAGCUGUUGAAGAAGGAGACUGAGCUGAAAUACUCUAGUACUCAGUCACGUCGAUAAUGUUCAGCCUUUUUUGCCCUAAUUUACGUUAAAAUGAGAUGCACAAAUAUCAGCAUGUACAGUACAUUAAGUGCACAAGGCAAAAGCAAAGUACGUUAUAGACCCCAUUAGCUGAUCAGCACACUGCAGGCCCAAAACAGGGAUGUAUUACUUCUGAGAUUGGUGCAAAAACUAAUGGGCUUCUGGCGGCCAAAUAAUGCACUGAAAGUAUCUACAUAGUCUGUACACAGUAACACUGACAUUAAUGUUCAAGUCUUCGUAAAGUCAGCUGACCGCGUCUGUAACAGUUUAAGGCUUAGCUCCUCUGAUGGUUCUCCAGAUGGUUUCUCAAACCAGGGGCCAAGCUCUCUGGCAUCCCCUGGAGUUAAUAGAUCGACUACUGACAAGUACCUCACAUACCCCACUUAAUAAAUAAAAAACUUUCUAUAACUUAAUGCUGCUUUGUUUCAGGAAAUAAAGUGCUAACAGUUAAGUUGCAUAGCAGAUAAUGAUUUUAUCAUUUUUCAAUCAACAAAUAAGACAAACAAGCUGUACUUCAAGUCAGAGCAGCACACGGCCAAAACAUGACUGUGUCUAGAAUAGACAAUAUGCUGUCAUUUCUGCCCACUGUGAAAUGUGAAGGUAAAAGACCGCCUCUAUAGGAGCUGUGCAAGGCAUACACAGCUAUGACAUUCACUUAUCGCUUAUCUUUGAGUAAACGAUAACGUUUGUCAGAUAGCUUACAAUUUCAUCAGCUUACAACCUAAAACACAGCAAUAGUUGGAUAAUUUGGUUUAUAAAGUUCGUAAUAUUCAAGCUUUGAGUCUUACCGUGACUCCAGCAAUGACAGGUGCUUUCCCCUCAAUCAGCUUAAAGACCUCUGCCUCUGCAUCCUCUCCUGUCUUCUCUUUGUAUUUCUUCCUGGCAAGCUCUCCCAGGGCAGUCUUGAACUCAUCAAACGUGAUGUUG